GUCCCGAGGGUCAAAACCCUAGACUCCGGCACACAAAGGCUCGGGAAUCAACGAACGUUUCCUAAAACUCUCGAUAACGCCAGUCGUUCUUGGAGACUCCUUCUUCCUCCUGAUUUUUUUCUGUCGAUUUACAGAUAUAAUCAGUUUUUAGUCCAUGGCUGGUCAGAGGAAUAGUUAUGGAAAACGAAACCAUUCUCAGUCUGAUUAUGCUGAAAACGGGGGGAACAAACGAAGAACUCAUGGCGAAGACAGAGAUCAAUUUGUCAUAGAUCCAGAAGAUACUGUUUACAGGUAUUUGUGCCCUGUGAAGAAGAUUGGAAGUGUUAUUGGAAGGGGAGGGGAGAUAGUGAAGCAGUUAAGAAUAGAUACUAAAUCAAAGAUUAGAAUUGGAGAAACAGUGCCUGGAUCUGAUGAGCGAGUCAUAACCAUCUACAGCGCAAGCAAUGAGAUAAAUUCUUUGGAAGAAAGUGACGAUUAUGUUUGUCCAGCUCAGGAGGCUUUGUUCAAAAUCCACGAUAGAGUUGUGGCUGAUGAUCUAAAUGACGAGGAAUCUGACGGAGGAGGUCACCAGGUUACAGCUAGACUUCUUGUACCAUCUGAUCAAAUUGGUUGUAUUAUUGGGAAAGGUGGGCAGAUUGUCCAGAAUAUUCGCACGGAGACUGGAGCACAGAUUCGCAUUCUUAAGGACGAUCACUUACCACGUUGUGCUUUGAGUUCUGAUGAACUUGUGCAGAUAUCUGGGGAAGCCCUGAUUGUGAGGAAGGCCUUGUACCGGAUUGCAUCUCGACUGCAUGACAAUCCAUCACGGUCUCAGCAUCUACUUGCUUCUGCCAUGCCUAAUGUCUACUCUUCUGGUGGUUCACUUGUGACUCCUACACAUGGUGGUCCAAUUAUGGGAUUAGCCCCAUUGGUUGGUCCAUAUGGAGGAUAUAAAGGUGACAGUGGUAAUUGGUCCAGGUCUUUAUAUUCAGCUCCAAGGGAAGAAUUGUCAUCUUCAAAAGAAUUUUCUCUUCGACUGAUAUGUCCAACUGAAAAUAUUGGAGGUGUCAUUGGCAAAGGUGGAGCCAUAAUCAAUCAGAUUAGACAGGAGACUAAGGCUGCCAUAAAAGUUGAUAGUUCAGCGACUGAAGGAGAUGAUUGCUUGAUAAAUAUUUCGUCGAAGGAGUUCUUUGAAGAUUCUUAUUCUCCCACGCUAGAAGCUGCUUUGCGCUUGCAACCAAGAUGCAGUGAGAAAGUGGAAAGAGAUUCUGGAAUCAUUUCAUUCACAACCCGCCUGCUUGUGCCUACUUCACGAAUUGGUUGCCUAAUCGGUAAAGGUGGAGCUAUCAUUACUGAGUUGAGGAGGCUCACAAAAGCUAAUAUUCGAAUACUGUCAAAAGAAAACCUCCCUAAGGUUGCCUUGGAAGAUGAUGAAAUGGUGCAGAUAUCCGGGGAUCUUGAUGUUGCCAAAGAGGCUCUUGUACAUGUAGUGACUAGGCUGAGAGCCAACCUUUUUGAUAGAGAAGGUGCUCUAUCUGCUAUGCUGCCUGUUCUGCCGUAUCUUCCCCUCUCAGCUGAUGGUUCAGAUAGUCUAAGUUACGAUGGUAGGGAUGGCAAAAGGCAUGGGCGUGGACAUUCUUAUUCUAGUGGUUAUGGGGGUUUCAAUGAUUUGGCUGCUGGUGACGGUUAUGGAAGUUACAGUGGCUCACAGAUUGGUGGCGGUGGUAGUGCUUAUGGGGCCUAUGGAAGUUUUUCUAUGGGAAGAAGUGGUAGUUCAGGGGUUUCUGGACAUGGCAGUGUUUCUCGGAGGAGAAACUAUUCCUAGAUUUGGUGAUCAUUUUCUACAGCUGAGAUUUAUGAAGCCUGAAGCCAGCCUACUGCCUUAACCUGAAGACCAGAUGAACCAGGGUUUGACAUAUUCAUGGCCCACCUUGAUGCUACCUUUAGAAGGACUAUGCCUGAAGAUCUUGUUGACUCUUAAUUUAACUCGUCCACAUACCAAGAUGACCAUGCAUACAAUCUUGAGCUCCUAAGAACCUAUUAGCCGAAAUGCCUUCUUUUUUUAUUGUUUUUCCUGCUCAUAGAUUGAACUACAAAACCGUGUUGACUUCCUCAAGGGUCAUUUGUGGAGUUCUCAUUUUGUGUGGUUUACUGCUACAAGAUUUGAUUAGAAUUCAUGUUGUCCUGGAGGUUGUCUUUUACCCGAGUGCUGCCUAUUUCUACAUCAUCGUCUAAAUUGUGCAGGGAUUGAAGUAUCAUACUCUGCUAUCUUUCACCAAAUAGUCAUUCAUCUUUAUGGUGAUAUAACACCCCUACUUUUGAAUUUCCAAUUUCUUAAGAAA